UAUGAGCUUCCAGCAGCGGCAGCUCUCACUGCUGGACUUAUAACUAGGCUACCCAACAACCAUCUCCUGACAACCGACUUACUCAGGUCAAUGCUACUUCCCGAAUUAAUUUGAUCAGGGCACCGAGCUCGGCAAUGCAAAUCUAUCGAGUCCGAGGUACCAUACUACCAUCAGCCACGCUCCAGACUACAUCAGAACGACCCGUACAGGUCAAAGAACGCUGACAAUCGACUACAAAUCUCCUGUGGCCUGUUUGGAUUAAUUCAACAUGCCAUUCCUCGCACAAGAAUUUGUGCCGAUACCCAACAAAGACAUUCUUUCAUGGAUGUUUGAUGAACCAAGAUUCGACCAAGACAAGCCAGUCUAUAUCGAUGCCCUUGAUCCGUCGAAGUCGAUCUCGGGAAAUCAGGCUCGAAGGAUUAUACGACAACUGGCCGCGGGCUUCCACGCAAUUGGGGUUACGCCUGGGGAUUGCGUCUGCCUUCAUGGCUUCAACAGUAUACACUAUUCAAUGCUCUUCCUGGGCAUUGUCGCCGCCGGUGGUGUUUUUGCGGGCACCAAUCCAGCCUACACCCAAUAUGAGCUGACUCACCACUUCAAGACUUCCUACGCAAAAUUCGUGAUUGCGGAGCCUGAACUUCUGCCAGCCGUACUUGCUGCUGCAAAGGAUUGCGACGUAGCAAAAUCCAACAUCUUGAUAUUUGAUACCCAGAAUGAAGAAAUCCCCUCCGGCUACGUCUCUUGGAAGAGUCUAUUCGAUCAUGGAGAGAGGGACUGGGUGCGCUUCGCCGACGAACAGAUAUCCCGGAAAACAACAGCAGCCAGACUGUACAGCAGUGGAACAACAGGUUUGCCGAAGGCUGCUGCGAUCUCUCAUUACAACUUGAUUGCCCAGCAUACGAUGGUCCAUGAAGUCAACCCGCCUUCAUACGAACCACGCCGCUGCCUUUACCUCCCGCUCUUCCACGCAGCAAUGGUACCGACAGCCCAUAUCGCUCCCUUACGAGCGGGUCAUGCCACCUACAUACUCCGUCGAUUUGAGCUUCAACCUGUCUGCGCGUCAAUACCCAAGUAUCAGCUCACGGAAUUGGUCCUCGUUCCUCCCGUUGCCGUUGCGAUGCUGAAAUAUCCGGCGAUUCACGAGUACAACAUGCACACGCUCAAAGUCAUCUUGUGCGGAGCCGGACCUUUGGACAAGGAGCACCAAAACGCGCUUCAGAAAAUCAUAGGCCCCGGAGCCGCCUUUACUCAAGUCUGGGGAAUGACCGAGACCAGCUGCGUGGCCUCCAAGUUCUAUUACCCCGAGAGGGACGACACCGGCAGCGUGGGGCGAAUGAUGCCAAAUUUGGACGUCAAACUCAUUGACGACAAUGGCAAAGACAUCACCGCUUACAACGUGCCUGGUGAACUCUGCAUCCGAGGUCCGACCAUCAUAACAAGCUACUUUGGCAAUGAAACGGCGACAAAGGACUCAUUCGACGACGAAGGAUACUUCAAGACCGGAGACGUCAUGUACUGUGACUCAAAGACCAAGAAAUGGUACAUCAUCGAUCGCAAGAAGGAAUUGAUCAAGGUCCGAGGCUUCCAGGUGGCACCGGCCGAGAUUGAAGGUGUCCUGCUCGCGCAUCCGCACAUCCAAGAUGCUGCCGUCAUUGGAAUCCAGAAGAAGGAUGAGCCGGAAGUCGAGAUGCCCCGAGCAUAUGUUGCGCGCAAACCGACAGGGGAUGCGAAGAACUUGACAGAAGACGAGGUCAAGUCGUAUUGUAAGGAAAGGUUGGCAAAGUACAAGGAGCUUUCUGGCGGAGUGCGCUUCGUCGAUGCGGUCCCACGAAAUGCAACCGGGAAGCCAUUGAAGCGGAUCCUGAGAGAGAUGGCGAAGGCUGAGUCGGGCCGGGAGGCGAAGUUGUAAAGAAACACCACGGUGAGCACUGUAUGGGAUAGACACUCUUCUGCGGCCGGCACUGUAGAUCGAUAAGGAGUCGCAGCAUUGUAUGUCCAGCGUUGUAUGUCCAGCAUUG